UGAGCUAAUAAGGGAAAGUCAACUCUUUGACUUUCUGUUGAGAAUCAGUUACAAAUGGCGCCAAAUUCUGUAACUGAAUUCAGUUGUAACAACUGCUUCAUUCUCAAGCUAGCAAUAGUAUAAAUGUAUGUUUUGGAUCAUUACAACACUUAAUGAAUAAUAUUACAAUCUCAUUCUCAUUCUCUCCCUAAACUUCUCCUAAUUCUGUCUUCUUCUUCUUCUGUACUUCUCUUCUUCUUCUUAUUCGAUCUAUUCUACCCUAUCCGAUCUUCAAAUGGAAGAUCAAUGGCAGUGAUCUGAGUAUCCUGCAUCAUUGGUAUCAGAGCAAGUUGAUUACUCGAUCAAUUUGAAACAACUUCAGUAAUCUUCAAGAUCGAUCCCGGAAAUCUGCAGUUCUUGAAAUCAAAAUUGGGUUUAAAGAAUUAGGAAACCUGGCUCCAGCAACAAGAAGGGUAAUGGAGGAACACUUGAAACAGUUAGAGGAAAAAUUGCUUGAACAAGCUCAGAGGGUGGAGAACCAGUCUGUUCAACUCGAAGAUCAAUCAAAGAAGAUUGAUGGCUUGAUGACAGUGUUGCUGGAAAUGAAGAAUCAAAUGAAGGAUUCCAGUGCUGACACCAACAGACAUCAAACUACAAGAGAGGGUAAUUCUGCUAAAACUUUUGGUUAUAAUCCUAAACUUUCAUUUCCAAAAUUUGAUGGUACCAACAGUAGAGUGUGGAUCAAGAAAUGCAGUAGAUACUUUAGUUUGUGCAAUGUUAGUGAUGAGCACAAAGUAGACUUAGCUUCUCUGAAUAUGGUAGACAAAGCUGAAAAAUGGGUCACCAGCUACCUUUCUAUGAAAAGAAAUGUGGAUUGGGGAGAAUUUUGUCUUGAUUUAUCUGCUAGGUUUAAGGAUGUAAGAGGAUCCAACACUGUUGAACAAUUUAACAAGCUACAACAGACUGAUACAAUAGAAGCAUAUUUGGAUAGUUUUGAAGAUUUGAAAUCUGAUGUGUUGAAUGUACAUCAUGACUUGCCUGAGGAUUUUGUGUUAGAAAGCUUCAUUGGAGGUCUGAAUGCUACAGUCAAACCUUUUGUCAAAGCAUUUAAGCCCACUACUAUUGCUGAAGCAGUAGAAUUUGCCAGAUUGCAGGAAGAGCAAACUACAGCUCUCUCACAGAAAUUGUAUACCCCUAGAUCAACCUAUUCUUCCCAGAAAGCUAUACAAGCUAUUCCCCUAAACACAAAUAAACCCACAAAUUCCAGCCUACCUGCUUUGUUACCCACCCCAAACACAAAGCCAACUUCACUAACCAAAUAUAACCCAAGAUAUGUUAAGAACUCUAGACAUAUUCCAGCAGAUGUGAGGGCUGACAAAAUAGCUAAGGGUCUUUGCUACUACUGUGAUGCACCUUAUGAUAGGUCUCAUAAGUGUCAGUUCAAAGAACCACAGCUGUUCACUGUGGAAAUAUCCAGUAGUAAUGAAGACAAGAGCUCAGACACUAGUGAAGAAGAGCAAGAUUAUUUGGAUGAUACAGGAGUAACAGAACCAAUUCUUUCACUCAAUGCAUUGUCUGGUAACCAGAAUUUUCAGACUAUGAGAGUUAAGGGACACAGGCAGAGUAAGGUGUUUCAUGUUUUAAUUGACUCAGGUAGUACACACAAUUUCUUAGACCUUGAUUUGGCCAAGAAAAUGGGAUGCAUGAUUGAGUCCAUACCAUCCCAAGCAGUUACAGUUGCUGAUGGCAACCACUUAGCCUGCCAACAUGUGUGUAAGGGUUUUACUUGGGAAAUGCAAGGCAAAGUGUUCACUGCAGACGUGAUGUUGAUUACUUUAGGGGGUUGUGACAUGGUGUUAGGAGUGCAAUGGUUAGCCACUUUAGGAUCCAUUUGUUGGGAUUUCAAAGCAUUACUAAUGGAAUUCAGACUUGGUGACUGUCAGUUUGUCUUAAGGGGCAUCCAUCCACAGAAAGUGAAGGUUGUAGAAGGAGCACCUUCUGCAAAAUUGUUCAGUAGUGCAGUACAAUUAUGCAUACUACAAGUGAGAGAGGUUGAUUUUGUAUCUGUUGCACCUAAAGCUAGUUUACAGCAGCAGCAGGAUUCUAGUUCAUUAGAAAAGUUGAAAGAGCAAUUUAAAGAUAUUUUUGCUGAUCCAGAUGAGUUGCCACCUCAUAGGGGUGUGUUUGAUCACACUAUUCCACUGGAGCCAAAUGCUAGACCAGUUAACAUUCGACCAUACAGGUAUCCACUUAAGCAAAGAGAUGUUAUAGAGCAGUUGAUUCAAGAUAUGCUGGAAAGGGGAGUAAUCCAGAACAGUUCUAGCCCUUUUGCUUCUCCUGUGGUUUUGGUAGGCAAGAAAGAUGGUACAUGGAGGCUCUGUGUGGACUAUAGAGAGUUGAAUAAUAAGACUAUUAAGAACAAAUUCCCAAUACCAGUCAUAGAUGAGCUUAUUGAUGAACUGGCAAGUGCAACUGUGUUCAGUAAGUUGGAUUUAAGAGCUGGAUAUCAUCAGUUAAGGGUGCAUGAUCAAGAUGUUUACAAAACAGCUUUCAAAACACACUCAGGGCACUUUGAGUUCUUGGUAAUGCCAUUUGGCUUAACUAAUGCACCAGCUUCCUUCCAAAGUUGGAUGUACAGUGUGUUUAAACCUUUGUUGAGAAAGUGUGUAUUGGUUUUCUUUGAUGAUAUCUUAGUUUACAGUAAAACUCAAGCUGAACACUGGAGACAUUUGAAGCAGGUCUUUGAAUUAAUGAGGUUGCAUAAGAUGUUUGCUAAAGCUAGCAAAUGUAGCUUUGCUAUAGACAAGGUAGAGUAUUUGGGUCACUUAUUUCUGCCAAGGGAGUGGAAACAGAUCCAAGUAAGAUUGCUGCAGUUGAGAGUUGGCCUGUGCCUCAAACAGUCAAAGAAUUAAGA